CUUGCGCGGUUGCGUAGCAGCUGCGAGGACGCCGACUGAGCCGGAAGCGGAGCGCGGCGCGGAGUAAGUCCCCGGCUGGCCCGCGGGGUCCGAGGCGGGACCGGACAGUGAUAAGACCCCCUGCACACGCACCUACCCCAGGCUGAACAGCCAGGAGCUGGGAGCCAAUGGCCAGCGACAGAGCCAAACCCUGUGAGCUCGACCAAGAGAAAUAUGAUGCUGAUGACAACGUGAAGAUCAUCUGCCUAGGAGACAGCGCUGUGGGCAAAUCCAAGCACUGGCUGUGCAGCAAUAAACUAAAAUUGCUUUCGUGGCCUCCCAUUCUAGUCGAGAGAGACUUAUGGAGAGGUUUCUCAUGGAUGGAUUGUAUCCUUCAAAGUUCGAAGUGCUCCUUGUUCCUGGGGCCCUUCUCCCCUCAUGCCAACUCAACCUCACUGUUCACCCCUUUGCUCUGGGGAGGAGGUCUAGACUUUUGGGACACAGCCGGCCAGGAGCGGUUCCAGAGCAUGCAUGCCUCCUACUACCACAAGGCCCACGCCUGCAUCAUGGUGUUCGAUGUGCAGAGGAAAGUCACCUACAAGAACCUGAGCACCUGGUACACAGAGCUUCGGGAGUUCAGGCCAGAGAUCCCGUGCAUCGUGGUGGCCAAUAAAAUUGAUGCAGACAUAAAGAUGACCCAAAAGAGCUUCAAUUUUGCCAGGAAGUUCUCCCUUCCCCUGUACUUUGUCUCAGCUGCUGAUGGUACCAAUGUUGUGAAGCUCUUCAAUGAUGCAAUUCGAUUAGCUGUGUCGUACAAACACAACUCCCGGGACUUCAUGGACGAGGUUUUGCAGGAGCUUGAGAACUUUGAUUUGGAGCAGAAGGAGGAAGAUGUGCCAGACCAAGUGCAGCGUGGCAGUCUUGAGAGCCUCUCCCCUUCCUGAGAGAAGGAAGCCUCUCUUCAUGGACUUGGGGGGUGGGGGUUCUUUCAGAAUACCCUCCCCUCAACAACCCUCCAGCUCUAAAUUGAAAAACUCUUGCAGGCCAUACCCCUCUCUACCUCCUGCAAGCCCACCCAUUCCCCCCCCCCCGCCCCCACCACCUCCAUGGCCCAUGAUACCUGACCUUUCCACAGUUGCCACCCCCACCCCCGUACUCAGGGACAGGGAUGGGGUCUGCACAAGCAAGCGCCCUCGACAGGUAUGAGAAGUCCAAGCAGAGCGUCAAGCAGAGUUAGAGAUCAGUACCUGAAGCCUCCCUAUGUUGUGUAGGGGCAGUGAAGAGCUUCAGGGAACAUGCUUUGUGUAUCUCUCAAAUAAAAGGAAACUGAGGUGUGUUUUCUCUCCCAGAACUGACCUCAGGGCCUAUUCAUUGCCUUUCCACCAAGGGAAUUAUUUCUAAUCCCUUACCAUCCCAUUCCCACCUCUACAGAUUUGGGGGGUGGGGGGUGCUCCAUUCUUUUUCCUCUUUAGUCUCCCAACCAACUUUUUUUAGAAAUGGUUUUGAGCAGACAGCUGUUCAUCCCACAUGUUUCUCAGGGUACCUGGGUACUGCCAGCACACUGGUAAACUGAGGUCUAGAUCACAGGGCAGGUUGGCCAUUAAAGUCAGGGAAACAGGUGACAUGUCUAACAACACUUAAUACCAUGGCUCACCUAUUUGGAUUAGAAGAGCUUCCCGUAGCCGCCACCCCCCCCCCCCCCACUUGUUUUUUGAGACUAUUUGGGCACUGCUUUGUGGGGCAGGGAGAAGGGCUGCCCUACUGCCUUUCCCACUUCUCUCCUGGACUUGGGGCUCACUGGUGUGUGUAUGAUCAUCCUGUGCAUUGUUUCCAUUGCUUUCAUUUUUAUAGUAAAGCUUGACUUAACACAAACAUUACACGUUAUGUGCAUGCUUGUGGGUCUGGAUUUCACUGAGCAAAAACCCACAGAAAGAACUUGUGAUCAUCAGCUGAUUAGGAGGAAGGUUGCCUUGACCUGACAUGCGAGGGCAGCCCUGGUCAGCUUUACUGACCAUUUCAAUGGAAUUCAGCAUUUUAAAAAGAAUGUGUAUUUGGGAAGAACAAGAAACAAGAACAAACCUUAUUUGCCUUUAAAUUACUAAUUCUUACAAUUUCAACUGAAAAGAUGUAACUUGACCUGGGAUUUGGGGGAAUGUGUUACCCUGGUGAGGUGGGCCUUUAAGAAUGUCAAAAACAAAACAAAACAAAAAACAUUUGGUGUCGUAAAUGACUCGUGUAAGUAUCUUUUUAACAUAAUGGCUUUAUUGAGAUAUCAUUCAAAGACCAUAGAAUUCACCAUCAGUAUUGGUUUUAUGUAACCAUUUGGAGUCAGGUUCCAAAGUGAGGGGAGCAGGAGAGGGUGGGAGGCCAGCUUCAGUCUCCUCUGCCUCAGAGUUGGUCCCACUUAGAGACCAGGAGCUUUUUGUGGAGGUCAGCUAUUGUGGGACAGGGAGGGGGGUGCAGGUGGUGGCCCCUAGCCUCCAAAGCAAAGUGGCUUCUCCUGCGAGUCAGAAAAGGGCAGUUCUCUGGAGAAAAGGGCAGGGUUAUCCAUCAACACUUAAAGCAGCCAGGGGAGGAGUGCUCAGGCAGGGUGCCAGAAGCACCCAUGGCCACCCACCUUCACAUGCUCAGACCCACCUGCUGCUUAAAGUUCAUUCCACCCUGACUAAUACAGGGAACACCACCCCUGGAUCUUUUUUUAAAUAAUUUAUUGAGGUGAAACUUAUAUAACAUAAAAUUAACCAUUUUAAAGUAAACGACGCAGUCCCAUUUAGUACAAUUUCAAUGCUGUGCAACUAUCACCUCUGUCUAGUUCUAAAAUAUUUCCAUCACUCAAAAGUAAAACCCCUUGCUCAUCAAGCAGUUUCUCCCCCAGACCCCCUCCCUUCAGCCCCUAGCAAAUUCUAAGCUGUAUUCUGUCUAUGGAUUUACCUAUCCUGAAUAUUUCAUAUAAAUGGAAUUAUAUACUGUGA